CUUGUUUCUGAAGCAAAGAAACUGAAAUACAAUCUUGAGACAAGCACGUCAGCCAUCAAAGCUAGAAACAAGAAGGUUGUGUGUAAGACUUUUCACAAAGCUGGAAUUGUCGUCCCAGUCAUAAAUGAAGUUGGGUACCGGCCUCUUACCAUGACUGAUGGUGAGUUCGAGGUUGUGAUAUUCUCACUGGCAUGUAGAAAUUUAACAUCUUCAUUCUUUGGAUGAUUUUUAUAUUGCUUUAAUUUUGCACUCAGGUGCAUAUCCACAUACAUAUUCUUCUGACUGAUCUCCAUACAUUUCCUUUAAGAAUUCGUUGAGAGAAUUGGAUAAAAGAUUAAAGCAUUUCUCUUGGGUGUUUACUCGCCUUGGAGCAGAGCUUCCUUUUGUCUUCUUUAGCGAGGAGACAAAAAGGAGGCCCUCCCUGAAUCGCGUCAAACCUUUAAAGUCGCCACAGCCCAAACUUCUGAACUAGUCAAUAUUGUUCUCUCUUGUCAAACUGUUUUUUUUUUAGUGCGAGCAUUCGUUUAUUGAUAAACCAAUGGUCAUAAGCGAGCCCACUGUACCAAAUGCACAGCGAUUAGCCCUGGGUUCGAAACUGUAUCCUAGCAACUUUCCCUGCACGCUCAACAAAGAUCUUACUCGAUUCAUGCAGAAUCUUUCUCGAAUACGCUAAAAUCAAGCAAUCAAAAGAAGAAAGGCUCUGCCCUGCUGGCAAGGUGGUGUUCAGUUUAUUAAUUCUUUAGGUCCAAGAGUGACCAACAUCAGUUUUCUCCUAACAACAUCAGCAGAUCAUCAAGAGUAAAGGUUAUGAGAAUUACUUAAUUGAUUACCAAAGGGAGCAUACUUUGAUCUUAAGCCAAAUUCUCUCAACUACUCUUAAAAGAAAUGUAUGGAGAUAAGUCUGGAGAAUUUGAAUGUGGAUCAUGGGCCUUAAAGGGUUAAUUAUUGUAACUUGUUACAAGAAAACUGUUGUUGGGAUCUAAAGAUAGGAAUAUUAAGGAUACGAGAAAAAAUCAUUCACUGUUGAAUCCUGUAUUUGAUUGUUUCUUAAAUUUUAUUAAAUUGUAGGUGAACUGAGGAAAAUCCUGAAGCAAAUAACAGAAGGUAAGAAUGAGAAAGAUCAAGAAAAGGCAUCUGAGGAUCUCCAGGAGAUAAUGACCCUGGUUCAGUUUGCUAAUGAUGAGUGUGAUUAUGGAAUGGGACUUGAGUUAGGAUUGGAUCUGUUCUGUUUUGGAAGCGAGCGUUUUCAUAAUGCCAUUCUUCAACUUAUGCCACUUGCCUACAGGCUUCUUAGCAGGGACACAUUUGCAGAGAUUGUAGAAGUUCAUAUAAAUAACCGAACUAGGGCUUCGCUGAGCCAGUUCCCAUCUUAA